AGAGCCCGGUGCUCAAACUGUUAGUGGGAGUCUGUGAGCCAAGCUUUCACACAGCACCAAACGCCCCGCACUUCACAACAGACCCAGCGGCGCAGCGGAGCAGUUGUGCCCGGACAGCGCAGCGCAGAAGAGCGGAGCUUCUUCCGUAGGAACCCGAGACCCUCUUACGAGCCAAAACUACACUGGUGCUCCUUUAAAUGAUACAGUCCAGUGUGCUUUUGCUACACUUUUCAGCGGUUUAAGGACUGGACAGAGUCGGACAGCUCAAGGCUGUGUGUGAAUACGGCUUCGAAGUUCUUCUCAAACACUGCACUGACUUCACGUCUGUUCAGAUUUUCUUCACGCCUGGAUUUGGAAACUUCAGUGUAUUUGGAUGAUUUGCCCCCCGAAUGUAAUUCACGAAACAUCUGGAAAGGACCCCGCAGACCAAGCUUUCUCAAAAAGCCAAUAAACCUAUUUUAUUUUGAUCUCCUAAAGGAUUACUGUCAAGAAGGAAUCUGGUGGGGGACGGGCAGCGACAGGACUGUGUUUGUGUGUGUGUGUGUGGCAGCGCUACAUUGACAGCAUGUGUGGAACGGUGGAGGAUGUCUGAGUCUGGUCUCCGUGGUGAGGACACUCGUCCCGGGAUGGUCCCGCUCUGUCUCCUUCUGUACUUCGCGGCCCUCAUCUUCCCUCCGGUGUACAGUGCCCACCUGCUGUCUCCAGAGCCCACAGAUUGGGUGUCGAGUGAGGUGGAAGUGUUUCUGGAGGACUAUGUGGCUGGCGUCGGGGACACUGUGGAUCUGUCCUGCACACCGCGCGACUUCCUGGUCCCCAUCGUGUGGCAGAAAGACGGCGACGCCAUGUCUCCUAACAACCGUACGCGGGUGGGGCAAAAAGUGCUCCGUAUCAUCAACGUCUCCUAUGAAGACUCGGGGGUGUAUUCCUGUAGACACGCCCACAGCAGCACGCUGCUAAGCAACUACACUAUCAGAGUCACCGACUCGCUGUCCUCUGGUGAUGAUGAGGACUAUGAUGAAGAUGAGGACGAUGCAGGUAAUGGAAAUGCUCCAUACUGGACCCGUCCUGACCGGAUGGAGAAGAAACUGUUGGCUGUUCCCGCCGCCAAUACAGUGAAGUUCCGCUGUCCUGCUGCCGGCAACCCCGCUCCCACCAUCCAUUGGCUGAAAAAUGGGAAGGAAUUCAAGGGAGAACAGAGAAUGGGCGGGAUUAAAUUGAGGCAUCAGCAGUGGAGUUUGGUCAUGGAGAGUGCCGUUCCAUCUGACCGGGGAAACUACACAUGUGUGGUGCAAAACAAAUACGGGAUAAUCAAACACACUUACCAACUCGACGUGCUGGAGCGCUCUCCUCACCGGCCCAUCCUACAGGCGGGACUCCCGGCCAAUCAGACGGUGGUGGUGGGCAGUGAUGUCGAGUUCCACUGUAAGGUGUAUAGUGAUGCUCAGCCACACAUCCAGUGGCUCAAACACAUCGAGGUGAAUGGAAGCCAGUAUGGGCCCAAUGACGUCCCCUAUGUCCACAUUCUUAAGACUGCGGGAAUAAAUACUACGGAUAAAGAGCUGGAGAUUCUCUACCUGACCAAUGUGUCUUUUGAGGAUGCGGGGCAAUACACUUGUCUGGCAGGGAACUCGAUUGGCUAUAACCAUCACUCUGCCUGGCUUACAGUGUUACCAGCGGUAGAGAUGAAGAGAGAGGAUGACUAUGCGGACAUCCUCAUCUACGUGACAGGCUGCGUGCUCUUCAUCCUCACCAUGGUCAUCAUUAUCCUCUGCCGUAUGCGGAUGAACACGCAGAAGACUCUCCCCACACUUCCUCUCUCUGUCUUGCUCUUAUUUUCACGGUCUUAUUCUCUUUCAGGGACAAUAACAUGCUGUUUUUAUUCUUUACCCAAGCAGGUGUCCUUGGAAUCUAACUCUUCCAUGAAUUCAAACACCCCGUUGGUCCGGAUCGCCCGCCUGUCAUCCGGUGAUGGGCCCAUGCUGCCCAACGUUUCUGAACUUGAACUGCCCUCUGACCCCAAGUGGGAGUUUUCACGUACUAAACUAACGCUGGGAAAACCGUUGGGAGAGGGUUGCUUUGGGCAGGUAGUGAUGGCUGAAGCCAUUGGGAUUGACAAAGAGAAACCCAACAAACCUCUCACUGUUGCUGUCAAGAUGCUCAAAGAUGACGGCACAGAUAAGGACCUCUCGGACCUUGUGUCUGAAAUGGAGAUGAUGAAGAUGAUUGGAAAACACAAGAACAUCAUCAACUUGCUGGGAGCGUGCACACAAGAUGGUCCUCUGUAUGUGCUGGUGGAAUAUGCCUCUAAAGGAAAUCUUAGGGAAUACUUGCGGGCGAGAAGGCCUCCUGGGAUGGACUACUCAUUUGACACUUGUAAAAUCCCAAAUGAAACUCUGACAUUUAAAGAUCUGGUGUCCUGCGCCUAUCAGGUCGCCAGGGGUAUGGAGUACCUGGCCUCAAAGAAGUGUAUCCAUAGGGAUCUUGCGGCUCGGAAUGUUCUGGUAACCGAGGACAACGUGAUGAAGAUUGCAGACUUCGGCCUGGCUAGAGAUGUGCACAACAUUGACUACUACAAGAAGACCACCAACGGUCGUCUGCCUGUCAAAUGGAUGGCACCAGAAGCACUGUUCGACCGCGUCUACACGCACCAGAGCGAUGUGUGGUCUUACGGAGUGUUGUUGUGGGAGAUUUUCACACUGGGCGGCUCACCGUACCCAGGUAUCCCAGUGGAGGAGCUCUUUAAACUGCUGAAGGAGGGUCAUCGGAUGGACAAACCUGCAAACUGCACUCAUGAACUGUACAUGAUUAUGCGGGAGUGUUGGCACGCUGUUCCUUCACAAAGACCCACGUUCAGACAGCUGGUGGAGGAUCACGACAGGGUUCUUUCCAUGACCUCCACUGAUGAGUAUCUGGACCUGUCGGUGCCGUUCGAACAGUAUUCCCCUACCUGUCCAGACUCCAACAGCACCUGUUCCUCCGGUGACGACUCUGUGUUUGCUCACGACCCUUUACCUGACGAGCCCUGCCUCCCUAAACAUCACCUCCACAGCAAUGGGGUCAUACGAACAUAAGGACCCAGGACAGAAAUGGUGGUUUGUGGGGACCUUCCGGUUCGCUGCACUGGACCAGCAUGUGGCGGCAGUACAGACGGGGCUCCUGGUUCAGUGUGGAUCUCAUGAAACGCUCAACGAGAAGCUUCAGACUUCCAACUGCUCACAGGUCUGAAGGACAGAUUACGCCCCUCUCCUUCAGCUCCUUUUCUUCCAAAUCAUUAUUCAGCUUUUUGUCUAUGAAAAGAGAAUUCCUAUUUUUAUAUUCGGCCAGUUUCGCUUUUCCUUUGCGCGACGCAGUCAGAAGGGUCAAACCAUUCCGUGCCUACCAAAAAAAAAAACAGACAAAUUACUGGACAGGAAACAAAAAGAACGGAUCGACACUGUGUUACAGCACGGUUCUGAAGCAACAGACAGAGUCGUCCUGUCACACAUGGACAGGAAGUGGUUUUACAGCAAUAUCUGACUGGAGUGAGAAUCAAACCCAUGGCCAGUCUCUCCUCUCCACUCCUCUCCUCACAAAGAACAUUUUUCAUCCUUUUUUAAUAAGAAAAGAGAGAAAGGUCUCCUAGAUGUGAGAUUUAAUUAGAAGAUAUAUAACUGUGUGCUUUGUACGUAUCUUAUAGUUUUUAUUGUAAAUAUAUAGAUAUAAAUAUGUAUCAUAUUGCAGUCGGUAGCAGUGUACUUAAAAAAAAAACCUAAAGAAAAAAGAAUGACAUUUUAAAAGCAAGUGAGCAUACACUGUUGAGAUCAUGUAAACAUUUAAUCUUAAAAAAGCAAAACAAAAGUUUUAUUUGAAUUAACAUGUAUAUUUGUAAAGCUAUUUAUAGACGUAAGGUUUUUAAGGGGGUCUAAAAUUAUAGUCGGGUUUUGGUGCUGUAAACAAAGGGUUUUUCUUUUAAAUUUUGUAAGUUAUUUACCACAGAAGUGCAAGAUUUCAACCGGUGGGUUGUAUUUUAUUUUUGCUUGUUUUCUUCCAUUUCUUAGUUUACAGUGACAAGAAUGUAUGAGAAGCUAAUUGGCGAUAUCAGCAGAGCAAAAUGAUGAAAUUAUGAAUUCUAAAAACGAAAAAAGUAUGCCAGAAGUUGCUUUGCCCGUAUCUCAGUAUUGAAUUUAAUGAUAAAAGGACCACAAGUGCUUCUGAUCUUCAUGAGGAAACUGCACCGGUGUGUAUUUUUAACUCCAGUCAGACUCACACUUAAAGCACUUUUCAUCAUUUUUGUAUAUUUAAAAAAAAAAUCUCCAUAUUUGGGCUUCCAUGCAUGAGAUCCGUUCACCAUAGUAUUUCAAAAAACAGUGUUGGUUUUCUCUGAUUAUGAGCGCUGUGGUCUUUUCAUCCAGCUCUAUGAUAUGAAGGAGUGCUAUGUGGGUAAAACCUACCAUAGCAUAUGGUGAAACCAUAUUAUGAGUUUGUCGCUCUUAUUUGCUCUUUUGCUAAUGAAUAUGUAUAAUAACAUUUUGAGUUAAUCCUCCGGGUCGGUAUGUUUGCAAAGUGCCAAAAUCUUUCUCUCUGCUCUGAGUUUUAUGUUAAUAAGUACAGAACCGUUAUUGCUAUUCAACUCUAGCGUGCAUGGUUGUCAGAUGAGUGUCUCUGGCCCUGCGAAUCUAAGCGAAGCAUUAUGGGAUAGCUUGGUCGUGUCUCAGGGUGUCCUCAGACAAUUGCAUUCAAGCAGAAAACCGGCAAUAAUAUAUAAUGGGGGAAAAAAGAGGAUGAUUCACUUGCUGCUAAACUACGAAAACUGUAGAUUUGAUAGGAGGUGACUGUACAGGUGCCGAGUGAAGCAGUCGCUCCCUCCUCCUGCAAACCAUUGAAUUUUUGUACUUGUCAAGUGCCUGGGAGGGAGUUGAGUGGCUGAAUAUUGCGACGUACGGUUUGAAUGUACGGCCACAUCAAGAAAAGAUAUAAGCAGGGUGUUUCUUCGAAUGAGAACUGAGUACAUAUGUGUAAGGCACUUCGUUACCUUAAUUCUCAGAUUGGGUUCUUAAAGAUAUGGAUGACGUUGUUCUGUAAUUUCUUCUUCCAGCUGAGGGACAUCAUGUUCUGUUGGAUACAGUGUUUUGAGUGAUUGUCCAUUACGUGUGGAGUUAUGCGUUUACUGUUUGGUGGUGUGGGAUGGCAGGGCAAGCGAUCGCUCUCAGCUUCGUUUUUUUUUUGUACAACCUGUAACCUCUGGCUUACCUCCGCAUCCUCCGCUCUACUACUGACAGCCCUUUUGCAUUGUUUCAAACAUAUAAAACUAUUUUGCUGGUCCUUCUCCCUCCUUGUCACAAACCCACAUUAUUUAUUUCCUUGUAUUUAUGUUUUGUUUUUCUUCAUCCGCUUGCUUCCAUGACCUUCUCUUAUUCAUUCCUUCAUGCUUGUGUGUUUUGGGAUGGAGGUAGAGCCAAGAUGCGUUUAGGGGUUGAAGAAAGUUUUCUUAAAUGUUUACAAUGAACAUCCAGACAGUUUCAAAGGACAAUGUGUUUCCCAGCACUUUGGAAGUGGCUGGAUGUUGAGCAAUACUGGUCUGAUGUCGACACUCUUUCAUUUUACGCAUUUGUUUUUUCCUCUUAAGCUCUAUUUGAUAGUGCCAUUCAGCUCUUAUUAGAAUUAAGAUAUUAAAUUAAGUUAUAGAUUUAAAUUUGCAAAUGAUUGUUAUAUGUCGAGUAGAUUUUAUAUAGGUGUGUUUUUGUUUUGGUUUUUUUUGUUUUAAUAGGGAUGAAAGCUUCUUUACAGUAUUUUCUUACAGAAGAAUUGCAUUGCAUUCCAGGUAGAUUUCUUUCUUUACGCGGUGAGGUAACACGUUUGCAGAAUUAAAUGCAUUCAGCAUCUGCAUCCCUCUCUGUUUAACAAAAGAAUGGAAUAGUUGACUAACAGUGUUUUGUGUUAUUUUUCCAUAUCUCUGUAUCUGUGGAACAUUCCGUUCUGUUUCAGUUGUGCCCCUUCCGAGCUCUUUACACUCUAUCAGUCUGUGCCUGACGGAAUUAUGCUGUCAAUCAAAACCUUUUCAAUAAACACAACAAAACCAGUG